AAAGGAAAAUAACGGGCGAGCCCAAAUUACUUCCUUUCUGGUUUGGUCGCGGGAUAAAUUGAUCGCCUUCUUUCAAGCUCCCACUGAAACGAUCUCUCUUUUCCUGAAGUAGCCAUGGCUGCAGAUAAUGUUCCUCCCUUUAUCGCUGCUCAGCUUAAUCACCUUCUCUCUCACUUUCCCCUCGCCCUCAAGGUUGAACAGAUGUGGUCCGGUAGCAAGUACUAUCCUGGGGUAUUUGAUCGGUUCACUUUAGCCAUUCCCUACUGCUUGGACUUCAUCAGAUGGGAUGUUAUAUACAACAUAGAGAGUCCAACAGCUGCACCUGAUGUUAUUUUUGGGCUAGAAGAUGAAGAUUUCCACCCAUUUCAUAUGAAAUCUGCUGAAGGACAACUGGACCUGAAGCCAUCAAAUAACUGUUUAAGUGAUUGGAACAACAAAGAUCCUACGCGUUUACUGGCUCUUAUUCAAUAUUUGAGAGAUCAAUACGUGUCAUAUCAAAGGAGGCGCGUUGGAGAAGUUGAUGAUGAUCGUUUGAAAUUUGAAGUUAGCACUAUACUAUCGAGGGAGGGACUAGAAAUGCAAAUAAGUGCUGGUGCUGAAAAGCCAGAGGAGGUUAAAUUUGCUGUUCCCCUAAUGGACAUGAACAUAAAUAAGAUGGUGCCGGGAUGUCCCUGGAGACAAACUCAAAAAAUAUUCUUGCAGGUCAUAUAUCCUGUUGGGAGAAAAUACGUAUCUGCUCCUUCAGCACCUCGCCUGAAGUUAGUAUCGACACCUGAAUUGAAAGCUCUAUUUUCCAUUGAGGAUGUAAAGUUACCCUCUUGGUUAGACGGAAUGUGCCUGGCAGAAUAUCUGCCCCAUCUUGAAGAAUCUCUUGAGAAACAGGUCAUGGAGGCUGUUUCAUUAAUUGAUGGUAGAAGGCACUUUAUCGAGGCACUAGCAUGUCAUCUUGGAAGACCUAUAGAAGCUGAUCCGGUCUUUUGCAGAAAGGCCACCUUUCUUGGUGCAUCUGGAGCUUUUACUUUCUUGGUACACUUCCUAAUACCAACACAGUUUCCAAAGAAACAGCCAUCUCUUCUGCUUCAAAGUUCUCAGCAUUUCAAUUCUUACAUGGCCCCCAUUAAGUCGCGCAUUUUGACUGACUACCCAUGGAGCCCAAGAUGGGAAGCAUCGAUGAUGGCUGAGUGUAUUUUUGAGUUUCUAGCAGACGAGGCUCUAAACUUCAAGAGGCAGUUGAAUGAGGGCCAGCUUCAAUAGUAGGGGAAACUAUCUUACAAUGUUCUGCUCAAUCCUGAUAUUUUGGCAAUCUUAGCGUGUAAAGAAGUUGAUGAGACGCACUCAUGUUUUGUCAUUGUACUCGGAGAAGGUCCCACGCGUGGAAAUACAAAUGUAUUGUGUCUAUCAACCUUUUGUCUUGGGCUCCUGUUACGUUAGAGUUUGUAUUACUAUUGUUAAUCAGUGGUGGAAUACCCUGGAGGCUUCUCGGGCAAAUCAUGGUAAAGAACAUUAUACAGAAUAAUGAUUCAGAUCAUUGGGGAGUUGGGGUGAUUCGUAAUGUUCUCUGAAGUGAAAAUCUGUAAACAAAAAUGCUGGCUGUGAAAUCUUUCUUUUUACCUUGUUUCAUUAAAGUUUUUAGGGCUAAAACUAUUAAAAGUAAAACCAUUUGAAUGUUUGCUUA